AUGAAAUAACGAGAUCAUGAUCGAAAUGCCCUAUUCCCAAUAAGCGAGGACUCUCAAUACACGUAUCAUCGAUACAGUCCACCAAUGAGACCAAAAAUAGUGCCAAAUUAAUACAUCAACAGAGAUUCGAAAUUAAUUCAAUUAAGUGCACACGAGAAAUCAAUACAAGACAAAAGAUCAAAUAUAUUUUAUGAACCAACAAAACUUCCAACAUCACCUCCUAAAUGCAUCGAAGACAAACCAAAAUCUCCAAAUCUAGAUCAUAGAUAAAGAAUGCUAUAUUAGAAUACUUCCAAUGUUUUACCUGGCUAUAGUUAUUAGAAGGUGAAAUAGGUUUGUGAAAGCAGAACUAAGGUUGUUGAGGAUCCAAAUAAUCAGGUGAAGCAUCAAAAUCAGAACUUCUCUGAUUUAUUUGACAGACAUUGUGGUGACACUAAACUCAAUCAAAGAGUUAGAUCAACUUCUCCUUAAUUGGAUUGGACUGCACAUGAUAGUGUUAGAAAUGCCAAGGAUUGCACAACCAAUGAAUACACAACUAAUAAUAAGCCCAAAUCUCCUCUCAAGGUUACUGAAAUCUCCAAUUUAGAAAUUAAGGUAUUUAAAUAAUUCUAUUUUUAGUGUAUUUAAUAAGCUAAAGAAUUGAAGACUUACUCCAAAUUGCAUGGCAAGAAAGCACCUCAAAAGGAGAUUGUUUAUGAAGGUAUGCUCAAAUGGAAGAAUAAUUAUAAAUGA